AUGAAGCUUUUGGAUAUCCAAACCGCCGUCGCGGCGACGAUUCUGGCUUUGUCGCUGCCAGCCGAGGCGAAACAUGGGCGUCAUUUGUCGCAUCUGGACGUGUUCGGGAAGAGGCACUCGCAUUCGCAUAAGAGAGUUCAAGCAUCACCACGCGUAGAGGCAGUCGAAAGCGGUCUGGUGAAGCGUGGAGGAAGCUGUGCAUUUCCCACCGAUGCUGGCUUAGUUGCCGUCACUCCAAAGUCCAUGAAUGCAGGAUGGGCGAUGAGUCCCGAUCAAGCGUGUACUCCAGGUAGUUAUUGCCCUUAUGCUUGUCCAUCCGGGCAAGUCAUGGCACAAUGGGAUCCGACUGCAACUUCUUAUACCUUUCCGGGAUCUAUGAACGGCGGUCUCUUCUGCGACAAAAGUGGCUCAAUUAGCAAGCCUUUCCCUAACAAGCCUUACUGUGUUGAUGGUUCGGGCGCUGUAGGAGUCCAGAACAAUGCUGGUUCCGCUGUGGCAUUUUGCCAAACUGUUCUCCCUGGAAACGAGAAUAUGUUGAUUCCUACCCACGUUGAUGAUUGGGCUCAACUUGCGGUACCAAACCCGAGCUACUGGUGUAGCACGGCAGCUCAUUAUUAUAUCAACCCGCCGGGAGUGAGUAUUGCUGACGGCUGUCAAUGGAGUGAUGGCUCUAAACCACUUGGUAACUGGGCACCGUAUGUGGCAGGAGCCAAUACUGACGCCAACGGCAACACAUUUCUCAAGAUUGGAUGGAACCCAAUCUGGACCGGCUGUAAUCUUUCUGGGACUCCUCCAACAUUUGGUAUUAAGAUCGUCUGCUCUGGUUCGGGUUGCAAUGGCACCCCGUGUUCCAUUGAUCCAACUGUUGACGGAGUCGGUGGCGUGACUAGCUCUGAUCAAGCAUCUGGCGCAGGUGGGGCCAACUUUUGUGUUGUAACAGUUCCUAAAGGUCAGACCGCGAACGUCGUUGUCUUCAAUGCUGGCAGCUCCUCCGGAGGCUCUGGUUCCGGUGGGAAAUCUUCAAAGUCAAGCUCCAGCAGCAAAGAAAGCAAGGAAAGUCCUAGCCCAACACCUACUCCAAGCUCAACACCAAGUCCAACGCCAACUCCUACGCCAACCCCUACUACGUCAAGCACCCCGGCCCCAACUUCCACUUCAACUACCUCUAGCUCUACGCCAAGCUCCACCACAGCAACAAGUACCUCGAGCUCGUCCUCAUCCAGCAGCAUAAUCAGCAGCACUAGCAGCAGUAUCAGCUCGUCAAGCUCAGCCUCUUCCACCAGUUACUCAUCUUCCUCCGCAUCUUCAAGCAGCAGCACCACCAACACAACUACCUCCACGUUUCCAACUGCAACCAACAAACCCCACAUUCUGUUCGAGAACCAAACAUCUUCCCAAUCAAUCGGAGCCCAAGCCACAGGGACAGGCGAUUCAGCACUGUCAGCCAAUGAGACCGUCAGCUCAGGCGGGCCAACUGCCAGCAAAAAGAGCGCAGCGGAUGGCAUAUUCGUCCCGGCUACAACCAUCGCCCUCAGCGCGACUUUUGCCUUCUUCGCUGCUUUCCUCCUAUAA